AUGGAGGCGCAGGUUUCUGCAUUCAAACUCCACAAUUCCUUAGAAACGAGAGCUGUUCUGGGAUCACCGCCGACGUGCGCCGAGCACGACCUGGAGAACUACAGCAUGUACUGCGUGAGCUGCCGCGGCCCCGUCUGCUACCGGUGCCUGGAGGAGGGCAAGCACGGCAAGCACGACCUGAAGGCCCUGGGCGCCGUGUGGAAGCAGCACAAGGCACAGCUGUCUCAGGCUUUAAAUGGUGUUUCAGAUAAAGCAAAGGAAGCUAAAGAAUUUCUGGUUCAGCUGAAAAAUCUAUUGCAGCAGAUCCAGGAGAACGGGUUGGAUUAUGAGGCCUGUCUUGUCGCUCAAUGUGAUGCCUUGGUUGAUGCGUUAACACGACAAAAGGCAAAACUGCUCACAAAGGUGACCAAAGAACGUGAGCACAAGCUGAAGGUUGUUUGGGACCAGAUAAAUCACUGUACACUGAAGCUACGCCAGUCAACAGGGCUUAUGGAGUACUGCCUAGAAGUUAUCAAAGAAAAUGAUCCCUCUGGGUUUUUACAGAUUUCGGAUGCUUUAAUCAAGCGUGUUCAGGUAUCUCAGGAACAGUGGGUCAAAGGAGCCUUGGAGCCAAAAGUGUCUGCUGAGUUUGACUUGACUCUGGAUAGCGAACCUUUACUGCAGUCGAUUCACCAGCUGGAUUUUAUUCAGAUGAAAUGUAGGGUGCCACCUGUCCCAUUGCUGCAGCUGGAGAAGUGUUGCACCAGAAACAACAGCGUGACAUUGGCCUGGAGGAUGCCACCUUUGAGCCACAACCCGGUGGAGGGUUAUAUCUUGGAACUUGAUGAUGGAGAUGGUGGACAAUUCCGAGAAGUGUAUGUUGGCAAGGAGACUCUCUGCACCAUCGAUGGCCUUCAUUUCAACAGUACCUAUAAUGCAAGGGUCAAAGCUUUCAACUCAUCGGGAGUUGGUCCUUACAGCAAGACAGUUAUUUUACAGACGUCGGAUGUGGCGUGGUUCACCUUCGACCCCUCCUCAGCUCACAGAGACAUAGUGCUGUCUAAUGACAACCAGACUGCCACCUGCAACAGCUACGAUGACCGGGUUGUUCUUGGCACAGCAGCCUUCUCCAAGGGCGUGCAUUACUGGGAACUGCAUGUGGACCGGUAUGACAACCAUCCGGAUCCAGCCUUCGGUAUUGCCAGGAUUAACGUCGUCAAGGACAUGAUGCUAGGCAAGGACGACAAGGCAUGGGCCAUGUAUGUUGACAACAACCGCAGCUGGUUCAUGCAUUGCAAUUCUCACACCAAUCGGACUGAAGGAGGAGUUUCUAAAGGUGCCACUGUCGGUGUUCUCCUGGAUCUGAACAAGCACAACCUGACCUUUUACAUAAACGGGCAGCAGCAAGGGCCUCCAGCGUUUGAAAACGUCGAGGGUGUCUUCAUGCCUGCAUUGAGCCUCAAUCGAAACGUCCAGGUGACCCUGCACACGGGACUGGAGGUGCCACAAUGUGUAAAACAGCCCAAGUUGCCCAACAACUAA